UUUGCCUGGACGACAAACACUGCAAGGCGGGGAGGAAAACAUCCAUCAGUGUGGUGCUGGCUGCUGCCAGAGAAGGAGGAGGCGGAAGAAGAGAAGGAGGAGGAGGAGGAUAGCGCAUCAAUGCCUCCAGGUUGCCUGUCGCAUAUCGGCCUGGACCUACCCUCGACAUCGGGCCUCCGCCGCUGAGAGAAUGAAAGGAUGGCCGAGCAGCGAUGCGCGGACGACGGACAGUUGAUGGAUGCUGCGGCGGCGCACCGCGAUGAGCGGCAUCACACAUCCAUGGAUUUAACGGAGGAAGGGGGGGCAGAGGAUCUGUCUCUGGAGGAGAUACUGAGGCUUUACAACCAGCCCAUCAAUGAGGAGCAGGCAUGGGCGGUGUGUUACCAGUGCUGCAGAUCGCUGGCUCAGGGACACCGGGGCAGGAGGAGUUCCGCCUCCGCCUCAACAUCCACCGCCGCCGGAUCCGCCGGAGCGUCAGCAGCGGCGUAUCCGACAAGGAUAGGCGGACCGGAGGAUGUGAGAAUACAGAAAGACGGAUCUGUUAGGUUGCAAUAUCAGAGCUAUGCAGGUAAAUACAGCGCUUGCACAUCAACAGAGGUGAUUGAGUCCCUGGGCAUCAUGAUCUACAAGGCUCUGGACUACGGGCUGAAGGAGAACGAGGAGCGGGAGCUCAGCCCUCCUCUGGAGCAGCUCAUCGCCCUCAUGACCAACAUGGCCGAGACCGAGAAGGACGCCUGUCCCGACGAAGGUUACGAGGCCACCGAGGAAGAGGAGGAGGAUGAACCUGACAAAGUGUGCAGUGUUCGUGGCUACAGAGAUAUCCUCAAGCUCUGUACGAGCCACCUACCAAGCCUGUCAGAUGCUCCUAGUCACUACCAAGCAGUGUGCCGGGCUCUGUAUACAGAAACCAGGGAGCUACACACUUUCCUGGAAAAGAUCAAGAGUGCCAAAGAGAACCUGCGGAAGAUGGAGGGAGAGUCAUCAGAGGACGCUGGCAGAGACCUGAACGAGCUGCAGAAUGCUGACUGGGCGCGGUUCUGGGUUCAGGUGAUGAGGGACCUGCGGGAUGGAGUCAAGCUGAAGAAGGUCCAGGAGCGCCAGUACAACCCUCUGCCAAUUGAGUACCAGCUCACUCCCUAUGAAAUGCUCAUGGAUGACAUCCGGUCCAAACGCUACAAACUGCGCAAGGUCAUGGUGAAUGGAGAUAUUCCUCCCAGGUUAAAGAAGAGCGCCCAUGAGGUCAUCCUGGAGUUCAUCAGGUCCAGACCACCUCUAAACCCUGUAGCAGCACGUAAACUGAAGCCACAGACUCAGCCUCCUCCCACCCUCCAUGAGCGAAUCCUGGAGGAGAUCAAAGCAGAGAGAAAACUACGACCGGUGUCUCCGGACGAGAUCCGCAGAGGGAGGCUGGUAAUUCGGCCACUUAGCAUGUCUUUCAGUUUUGACGCGUCAGAUGACUUCAGUCCCUAUAUGGGCAGGAGGACAUCCAGUUCUCUGUCUCUGGCCAACGGCUCAGCCUCUCCCAGGGCAGGACCCCCCGGAUCUCAAUCCGCACCUCAGAGGAAAAGGCUUCUGAAGGCGCCCAGCCUUGCCGAGUUGGAUAGCUCCGACUCCGAUGACGAGAUUGUUGGGCGCAGAUCGGCCAGCAGCUCCAGUGUCACGACAUCAGUGAUGGAUGAUACAUCUCCGGAGACUGCACUGGAGAAGAAAACUCCCCCCCUGUUCCUGCCCAUCUCCUCCACACCCCAGCCCGAAAGGCGUCAGACCCCCCAGCAGAGGAGACACUCCAUUGAGAAAGAAACCCCGACUAAUGUGCGACAGUUUCAGCCACCCUCCAGACAGAGCUCCAAGUCUCUGGUUGGGAUGAUAGCCUCGUUGCGUCACUGGACCCCCCUCCUCCGCCCCUCUUCCUCCACUCUCCACGUUUUGCGGAGCUCCUACCCUGUCGAGGCAUUUGCGUUGGGGUUGAUGAGGGCAGUGUUUGCUCUGUGCAGGGGCAUUUACAUCAGUGGAGGACAGUCUGACAAGGAGGAGUUCUGUUUCCCGGUGGAGUGCUUGUCUCUGACAGUGGAGGAGGUGAUGCACAUCAGACAGGUGCUGGUGAAGGCAGAGCUGGAGAAGUUCCAGCAGUACAAAGAUAUCUACAACGCUAUGAAGAAGGGAAAGCUUUGCUUCUGUUGUCGAACCAAGAGGUUUUCCUUUUUCACCUGGUCCUACACUUGCCAGUUUUGCAAAAGGCCUGUGUGUUCACAGUGCUGUAAAAAGAUGCGGCUGCCAUCCAAGCCCUACUCCAGCCUGCCCAUCUACUCCAUCGGCUCCACCAACACUCUUCCCAGGGAGCGGAUAGCAGCCAUGGCCUCCGUAGGGAAAAGGCUGUCACUGCCUGCAGGAGCUGAGCCGCCAGCAGUGGGAAAAGUGUCGGCAUCACCAACUUUGAAAGGAGGAGCAUCAGGAGGAUCACCGAAAGGAGCCGCAGGAGCUGCAGGAGCUGCGGGAGCUGCGGGAGCUGCGGGAGCUGCGGGAGCUGCGGGAGCUGCAGGAGCUGCCAAAGCUGAGAAACCCUCCACUAGCCAGCAGCGCCACAGCCUUCAGAAGACCAUGUCCAGGUUUUCGAAGCAUGGCUCGUUGAAGUCUCAUGAUGAAAUGGAGCUUCCCCCGGAGCUGACGGAGGACUGGGCCACCAUGGAGGUGUGUGUGGACUGCAAGAAGUUCAUCUCUGACAUUAUCUCCUCCAGCAAGCACAGCCUGUCGCUGGCCACCAAGCGGGCUCGCUUAAAACGCAAGACCCAGUCCUUCUACAUGUCCUCUCCUAAAGGGAGGGAGGAGUACCGGCCCUCCGAGCGAACAAUCAAGGAGAUCUAGAACUUUCUAGAUCUUUCUUUCUUUCUUUCUUUCUUUCUUUCUUUCCUCUUCUCUCUCUAUCCAGCUCCUUCCAACUACAAUGGCACAAGUAUAGACUCAACACUGGAUAUAAUCUUACUGUACAUGUUGAGUCCGAUCAGAUAAAGCUGUCAGAAUGGCUGAUGGGACAGUGGUGCUCUUGCUGCUGCAUCCAGCUCCUCCAGACAGAAGUAUAGCUCUUUUUUUAACCGCAGUUUCCUCUGUACCAUAAGUGAUCACUGUAAUAUCUGACCACAGACUUUUCAGAGACUGAAGCGUUUGUCAUGAAGCAUGAGGCAGUUGGAAAGUGGACUGGCUUCCCUCUCCUACAGCGGCGCAGCAGCGUGGUGCUCCCCGACUCGUUUUUGCCCACGGAAAAAUUAAUAAGCACAAGGAAGAAGACAGACUAAUAUGCAUUUGGCAAUCUAAAAGGCCUGGAGAGAGGUCAGGCUGUGAACUGAAAGCGCCAAAAGCGUCCAAAAGCAACAACAAAAAAAGUACUUAGACGACUUGAAAAAAAAAAAAACUGUAAAAGAAUUUUUUAUGGGUUUUAGUUUUGUAUUUUAUGUAUGCGUGUGUACAGUACAUGAUGAUUUGAUGAAAACUCACCCACUGUUUUUACUUUAAACAUGCAUCUUUCUGCUCAGUGCCCCACCCCCCUCUCUCCUCCUCCCCCCGCCUUCACAGGUUCACCUUUUAUAAGGAUACUUGCAAGCAUACCCGACUACAUCAUGUGUUUUUCUCCUCCACAGGCAGGGAUUGCACUACAUUGAGAAAAUAGCAUCUGUUUGUUUGUAUACAGAUUGAGUGCCAAAUGAUUCCUCCCUCCUCAUUGGUAUAUGACCCAAAGAAGUCUAAUUUUUUCCCCAGUGCACAUAUGCAGUGAUCUUGCAGUACAAAGACAUUUCACACUGGACCCAGCACCACCCAGCAUUUUAAAGCACCUAAGUAUACCUUCAGUGUCAGUACUCUUUAGGUAGUCAUGCUUAUGCUGAGUUCAUUUGCAUUACAUGGCUAGAUAUACUAAAAAGCGGGUAGAAAAUGGACCAUGUUUAGGCUUUUUCAGUCUUGUGCACAAUUGCCUUCAGUAGCUGAAAUCUGACUGGAGGUAAUGACAUGGCAGCCAAUUCGACAGAAGGAGACCCUUCCUUUCUGUCAUUAUCAUUAUUAUUAUUAUUAUUAUUAUUAUUAUUAUUAAGCCCUAGAUAUACAAUUAUCAUUGCUUAAAACUAUCAGCAGUUUUUGUUUUGCAAAUUUUAUCUAGUUUUAAGUUGAGAAAUAUGCAGAAUGUUAUUUUAUAUUUUCAUUUUACGUGAUUACUUGCAGAUAAAUAUUUCAGAUUGACUUAUCGUUAUUUUGAUUUCCUGCCUUGUGUUUGUACUCUGAUAAAGUAGUAACAAGUCAUAUUGAAAUGCAUCCUUUACGUGUGUUAUUGUACAGAUUGUAUAGUUUCUGAAACCCUGUUCACUGUACAGGCAGCAAAGAAUGCUAACAUACUGUCCUGCUGUUCAACACGUAAGCCUCAAGACGACGCCUCUAUGAUUUCCAGCUGUCAUUCAAAAAAAGAAAUGAUAUGAUACACAUCAUUAGAAACACAGUUUUUUUGUUGUUUUGGGGCCAGGAUGUCUAUUUUAUUGUUCGUCACACUCCUCAUCUUCCUUACAGAUAUUUCUGCCUUAAAUGAACUGCCUUUUACGAUCCUGCUCAUAUUGAACAUAGUCAUCUACUGUAACUGUACAUACUUGUUUUGUUAAUGUUUGUUUGUAGAUAAGGUCUGUGUUGCCUUGGUGAAACGACUGUAGAUCUCUGUGUCUGAGAGGGAGACCGACCCGGCGUGCUCAGGUUAGCAGAGCGCUGGUGUGGCAAGUACAUAAAAGAAACGUCGCGAUGUGACAGCAUCAUGCAUGUACUACCGUGUAGCUUGUACCUUCAAUCUGUAUUAACUUCAAGCUGUAACUCCCUGCAGAGAGUACUACAAGUGAUGACUAAAACAAUAAACUGUAACGCAAUACCUGA